AAAAAACUGAGUCGAGUCAGACAAUUUCCUAACCUCUCCCGACUUUCGUAUUUAAUUGAAAUAAAUUUAUAAAAAUGCUACUUAAACUUAGUUUUUUAGUUUUAUUCUUAAGUUUAAUUAAUGCAGAAAGUGGCGUAUUGCAAACAGUUAGUGAUGACGAGUUACUUCAAUUGAUAAAGGACAGAGAAAAACUUAUCGUCUUGUUCACUAAACCUGGUUGUGAUGUAUGUACAAAGUUGAACAACAAUUUGGAAGGACUGAAGGAAGACUUUAAGAAACAUUUAAAUGCCGAUACAGUUAAGGUUUUGAAUAGCCACCUGGCCAGGCUGUAUAGCCCGACCAAGGAACCUGCAAUUGUCUUUUUUAGACAUGGGAUACCUUUGUUGUACAGUGGUGAGCCUGAUGAAAAUGAAAUCUACGGGUUUUUGGAAAAGAACCAAUCACCGGUAGUCAAAGAACUCAAUGAUAAAAUCUUUGAACACAUAACGCAAGCUGCUACUGGGGCAACUACCGGAGACUGGUUUAUUAUGUUCUACGGGGCAUCGUGCGUGGAAUGCCAACGCCUGCACGCAGUAUGGGAAGGCGUGGGCGCGACUCUACGCGGGCGAAUCAACGUCGCGCGCAUAGACGCCAAUCUAGCUGGCCUUAAUACUGCCAAGCGGUUCCAGGUCUCUAAGCUGCCAGCGUUCUUAUUUUUCCGCCUUGGUAAACUUUAUAGGUACAACAUACCUAAAAAUGAUGUAAAAUCUUUCGUCACAUUUGCUCAAGAUUGGUACAAAAAUGCAAAGGCUGAGAGUGUGCCUCUGGUUUCAUCACCAUUUGACGAACUUGUCGACUGGUGCGUGGAGAUGAUUAAAUUUGGCGUCGCCCUCGCACUGGAGUUGCUGGCGAAGUACCCCUGGAUUUGGCAGAUCGGAGGAGCCGGUUUCGGCCUCGUGGCCAUCACGGCUCUUAUUGCGCUAGUCAAAGCUGGCCGAUCAAAACCAGCGAAGGAGACGAAAAAGGAGAAAAAGAGCAAAUAGGAUGUUCUGAUUGACCAGUGGUUCUUAACCUUUUUUGCCAAGGACUACUAACAGUUACGUUAUCCUACAUGUUGUAGUCAAAAUGUUGAUAUAUUUUUUUCUUUUUAUACAUUUUUCCGGUGCUUCUAGGGAUUAUCGGCUAAGAACCACUGUUAUAGACUGAUUCAGCAUUUAUUUGUAACACAGAUUGACAACAUAUUGUGAUCAUUUAUGUAUUGUAUGUUAUAAGUAUGUGUUUACAUUUGGUAUGUACAAAUAUUUGUGUCUAUUUAUAUGUUCUAAGUGGAUUUGUUCAAGAUUGUCUUUAUAACAAAUUGCGUUAUUUUAAGUUUUAUCUGACAAAUAGGAAGAUUGACAUCUCUUUUGAAUACAUAUCCGGAAGAAUAUAUCAAUAAACUUUUUUAUUUAGGCUUUUGACCGCCAAUCCAAAAUGAACCUUUAAUAUAGUCUAUUCUUCAAUAUAUCUGAUGCCUACCAUACAAAGUCUUACUAUCACUGUUAGUGAGAACGGAUCAUUUUGGAUUUGAUAUAAGGUUACAGGGUUUCCGUCCUAAAUUAAGAUUAUGUAUUGUUAAAAUCUAGAUGGUGGAUGGAUCUAUGGUCAUAGUAAACUGCAUUAAAUUAUAUUUUUCUACUUUUGUACAAACUAAAUGUUUUUAACCUUUUGAACGCCACAGACGGCAAUUGAUGUCAACGCAAAAUCGUGACAAUGACGCCAAAGACGGCAUUUGACGUCGAUCGUUUUUUGAUGAAAAUCUACUGAAAAACACCUCACUUUUAGGUUGGCAUUAUUUAUUCACAAAACUAAAUUUUACCCCCGUGGCGUCAGUGGCACGGCAAAUGGAUGCGCCGUUUGGCGUUCAAAAGGUUAAUGAAAUAGAUAGAGUUGAUCUUUGGAAUAAUUUGUUAGCAAGGCCUUUCCUAUAGUAUAAAUGUAUUGUCAACCAUUUAACAUGCUAAGGGAGAUAUAUUUCCCACAUACGGCUCUUCAAACAUGUGUUGUAUUUUUAAUGAGUGAGAUUGACAUUCAAUUGUCAUUUUUGAACUUUCAGCAUAUAUUCAGCAUGAUAAAGGCUUAAACAUAGUAAAUUUAAAUAACUUAGGAAUACUGAUAAAAAUUGCUAGUAUUUGUAUUUACAGGAUUCUGAAUAUCAAAUCUUUACUUUUACUUAUUCUAAUGUAAAUUCAAUAAAUGUACCUAUGUUUUAAUGCUGUAUUACGCCUCAAACAGUACUUAUCUUACAUUAAUAAAUAUUUCAGAAUUAUUUAUUUACAUGACUGGACAAUAGAAAUAAAACAAAGAAUAAAAUAAUGUUGCAUUUA